UGAAGCUCGAGCUGCACGGCCGAACCGCAGCUCGUCUGGGAAGUUUGAACAGGAAAGAGACAAGAAAAGCGGGUAUAUCUGCCGUCCUCACCUCUCCUUCCAGGUUCGGGGGACCGAGUACAGCGGACCACCGGGGACUGUGCUCGUUCCAGUCAGCCGUUGAGCAGUCCGAGCGGCCGCUGGAUGGGACUUUAACGCACACUUUUCUUCUCGUUUUUCUCCGCCGAUGGAAGCGGAAAAGCCGCCCUGCUCUCAGAGAUGGUGAAAACAGCGGAGAGAAACCACAGAUCAGCUUCUUGGUAGUUUUUCUGCUCACAACACAAUCCCCAGCGUCACCCAGCAGGAGGCCUGAGGACUGAACUGUGGUCUAAGAUCCAGGAUCCUGAGCUUCUGCUUCAUAGAUUCUUUUGGGUUGUCUCUGCCUCAGAGAUGCCCGGCAGUGAGAGGAAACCUUUCCGGCAGGAUUUCAGUGGUGAGAAAUGUGAAUCGAGUCAGGCGAGGGCACAGAAAACGCUCGGCUGACGAACAAACCUGAGCAGUCGGACACAUUUUUUGGAUGUCGUUCACCUGCGACGCCUUUAUCCCGCCUGGACGACAUCACAGAUAGCAGCCAAUGUCGGCCGACAACAGCCUGCCGCCGCCGCCGGCCUCCCCGCGGUCUUUUUCCGCCCUCCCUCACCAUGCCGCCCCACCCACCCCGUCGCCGUCCCCCAGCCCGCCUGCCACGCUCUGCAGCCGGCUGUCUAACGGCAGCCAGACGGCCCCCAGCCGCACAAGCUCACGGGGCUCCAUCCAUGGCGUCUCCUUCCUGCUUCAGAUCGGACUCACCAGGGAGACGGUCACCCUCGACCACGGAGACCACUCGCUGUCUGCUGUCAGGGAGCUCGUCUGCUCCAUCGUGGACCAGAAGUUCCCUGAAUGUGGAUUUUUCGGGAUGUACGACAAGAUCCUGCUCUUCCGCCACGACCUGAACUCAGACAACAUCCUGCAGCGUCUGACCUCAGCAGAGGAGAUCCAUGAAGGCGACCUGGUCGAGGUGGUGCUCUCUGCUCUCGCCACAGCCGAGGACUUCCAGAUCCGCCCUCACGCGCUGUACGUUCACUCCUACAAGGCGCCGGCCUUCUGCGAUGACUGUGGGGAGAUGCUGUGGGGGCUCGUCAGACAGGGCCUCAAAUGCGAAGGAUGUGGACUGAACUACCACAAACGGUGUGCGUUCAAGAUCCCGAACAACUGCAGCGGGGUCAGGAAGAGACGUUUGUCCAAUGUCUCCCUGCCGGGCUCCGUCAUGUCCGUCGCUCGUCCACCUUCCACUGAGUUCACCCCGACACCCCAGGAGGAGCGCCCCCUCCUGGGUGCGGCCAAGCGUAACUCUCUGCUGAGCGGUCGUCCCAUCUGGAUGGAGAAGAUGGUCCUGGGUCGGGUCAAAGUCCCUCACACCUUCUCCGUCCACACCUACACUCGUCCCACCAUCUGCCAGUACUGCAAGCGUCUGCUGAAGGGCCUCUUCCGCCAGGGGAUGCAGUGCAAAGAUUGUAAAUUUAACUGUCAUAAGAGAUGUGCAGCCAAAGUACCUCGAGACUGCCUCGGUGAGGUCGACUUCAAUGGAGAACCAGCCAGUCCCAAUAUGGACUCUGAGGCAACGAUGGAGGUGGACAGCUGUGACGUCAGCAGUGACUGCGGUCACAGCAUGGACGAGCAGGACGAGCUGUCCACCCCCGACGACAAGCUCUUCUUCAUCGAGGGUCCCUGCACGGAUGGCGAGAAGGAUGACGAGACGCUCAGAGCCAUCAGCCCGUCCACCAGCAGUAACAUCCCUCUGAUGCGUGUGGUUCAGUCCAUCAAACACACGAAGAGGAAAAGCUCCACAGUGGUUAAAGAGGGCUGGAUGGUUCACUACACGAGCCGCGACAACCUGAGGAAGAGACAUUACUGGAGGCUGGACAGCAAGAGUCUGACUCUGUUUCAGAAUGAAAGUGGAGCCAAGUUUUACAAGGAAAUCCCCCUGUCUGAGAUCCUCCAGGUGGAGCCGGCGCAGGACUUCAGCAGCCUUCCCCAAGGCAGCAUCCCUCACUGCUUCGAGGUGAUCACGGCCAGCAUGGUGUACUACGUCGGCGAGGAUAACAGCGGCCCGUACCACAACCCGGUCCUGCCGGCGUCCGGUGUGGGCCGGGACGUGGGUCAGGGUUGGGAGAAGGCCAUCCGACAGGCGAUGAUGCCCGUCACGCCCAAAGCCAGCGUCGGCACCGGGCCCGGCCAGGGGAAGGACCACAAGGAAAUAUCCAUCAGCAUAUCAGUGUCCAACUCCCAGAUACAAGAAAAUGUGGACAUCAGCUCAGUGUACCAGAUCUUUGUCGACGAGGUCCUCGGCUCUGGACAGUUUGGGAUCGUCUACGGAGGUAAACACAGAAAGACCGGCAGAGACGUGGCGAUCAAAAUCAUCGACAAAAUGAGGUUUCCCACCAAGCAGGAGAGCCAGCUGAGGAACGAGGUGGCCAUUCUCCAGAACCUCCACCACCCGGGGAUCGUUAACCUGGAGUGCAUGUUCGAGACGCCCGAGCAGGUGUUCGUCGUCAUGGAGAAGCUUCACGGGGACAUGUUGGAGAUGAUUUUAUCCAGCGAGAAGAGCCGACUGCCCGAGCGCCUCACCAAGUUCCUCGUCACGCAGAUCCUGGUGGCGCUCAGACAUCUUCACUUCAAGAACAUCGUCCACUGUGAUCUGAAGCCUGAGAACGUUCUCCUGGCCUCAGCAGAACCUUUCCCUCAGGUGAAGCUCUGUGACUUCGGCUUCGCUCGCAUCAUCGGGGAGAAGUCGUUCCGUCGCUCGGUGGUCGGCACGCCGGCCUAUCUGGCGCCGGAGGUGCUUCGCAGCAAAGGCUACAACCGAUCUCUGGACAUGUGGUCGGUCGGAGUCAUCAUCUACGUCAGUCUGAGCGGGACGUUUCCCUUCAACGAAGACGAGGACAUCAACGACCAGAUCCAGAACGCCGCCUUCAUGUACCCGCCCAACCCCUGGAAGGAGAUCUCAGAGGAGGCCACGGACCUCAUUAACAACCUGCUGCAGGUGAAGAUGAGGAAGCGCUACAGCGUGGACAAAUCACUGAGCCACCCCUGGCUGCAGGACUACCAGACCUGGCUGGACCUCAGGGAGUUCGAGACGCGGCGAGGCGAGCGCUACAUAACCCACGAGAGCGACGACGCCCGCUGGGAGGAGCACGCCGACGAGAGAGGCCUGCACUACCCCAAACACUUCAUCAUGUCUCCCAACCUGGACGACAUGGAGGAGGACCCCUAGAGGCCCCCGGGGGGGUAAACAUUUCCAGCAAGGAAGCAGCAGAUCUGAGGAGUCCCUCGGUGGUUGCAGCGGCAGCUCUGGAGUCCAUGGAAACUGUCACCAUGGGGACCGCAAGUUUUCCCCAAGAUGGCGCGGGAUGACGAGUCGAUGGAUCGCCAGGAUGCGGCGGCUGUGUGAGGACAUGUGACGUGCUCACUGCAGCGAUAAUUCAGGUCCAGAGAGUUUUAAUAUGAACACAUCUUCUGUUCGAGCCAAAAGCAGGGGGGGAGGGGGGGUCAUUUCCCAGAAUGCAACAUUCAGUAAACGUCUGCACUGCCAGUCAAGCCGCAGAAGGGCUAGCUCAAAACCAACCCGGAGCCUUUAUAUACUUUUUCAGCUGAAAUAGAGUAUUUUUAUGACGUUGUUGUUACAUUGUAGAGCUGGGAGGUAUUUUUCACUCUGACGCCGUCCUCUGUGACGCUAACCGGAACAUCUCUUGAUUAUGUCUUGAUUAUAUUGUUCAUUUUUUUCAUUGUUCCUUGCUGGGAAGUCUUUGCACCUUUGGGAAACUAUUUCAAAAGGGGAAUUUCACUGAUAAUAACUUCUGGUUUGUUCAUCUGCAGAAGAAAAAAUGUUUCUGUUUGAUGAAGGCGGAGUUGAAGAACAGAACUGUGAUGCUCAUUACACAGCAGGGACGGGGGGGGCGCACCGGCUGGUCUUUACUAAGCCUGGUCCUAACUGCCUUAAGACGAGCCGGACAAUAAAUGUAAAGUUUGUCCUGAAGGUGGCGUAGGAGGAAAGCUCAUACAGCUAGCAGCUUAAAAGCUAUUAGAUAAUAAAGGGAAAUUUUCAACCUGGGUUUUAUUUUCAUAGUCGUUAACUCACAGCCUCUGUUGUAGUGAUUGAGGAAACGUUAGCAUUGCGUAAGCUAACUAAAACGUAGCAUGCUAACUGCUAUAUGUCAGAACGUUUGAGGACAGUUCUGGUAUUUUUAAAUCUUUAUCUGAUCCUCAUCAUUGUGGCUCUUCUGACUUUGAUGCGAUGCUAACUUUGCCACCUCCUCUGUAGAGAUCUGGGAAACAACAAUCUGGAAAAAAACAAAACAUAUCGGGGCGAGCAGCUCCAAACUUUCCUGAAACUUUCCAAAUGAAACUUCAAUCUGACAUAAACAGUUUAAAACUUUACUCGUCUCCAAAUCCAACACAGAGAGUAGCCUCCUAGAUUAGCUUUUUAGCUAACUGCAUAGUUAUCCACUUCAAGAACUAUUCACUAGCUAACCUAGCUAGCACAGUUGACCAGCUAGAAAAACAUUGGGCAUCUUAGCUUGUUAGCAUGUUAUCAAUACCCCGUGAACAAGGAGUUUAGUGUUCAGCAUGUUAGUUUUAACUUGGCUACAGUUAGCAUUUUUAAUAUAAAAUGCGAUCUUUUAGCUGUAUUAGGCGUUAGUUUCAGAGGUAUUUUAAAUCUUUAGGUUCCUUAUUUCUGAAGCCGAUUCCAUGUCAGUCCUUCUCAUUCUGCCGUAUUUAAAGCCACGAACGCAGCUUAAAAUGCAAACGUAAGACUCAGGACUCAUAAAACUGUAUUUCAGAGCAGACACCAGGCUGCUGCAUGUACUACUUCUGCAGGGAAACAAAUUCAGAGUUAUCGUCAGUGAUUCGUCCUGAAACUUUGGAUGAAGACGAGCUGAGAAUGGAGCUGCUAUCGUCUUUGUCGUUCUGUGGAAAAAAGCUGAGAAAGACUGAACUGUCGAGCGUUCUUCAUCCUGAUCUGACUCCGGCCUGAGAAUUUAUUUCACUCGUUUUAUAUUUUUGCAAGAAAUGUUGUGUCAUGUGGGUGAUUUUGAUGGGAAAAUAUUAAAGCUGAAUGGUUUGAUUUGGGAAAAUCUCAUUUUAUAUCCCAGAAGUUCAACCAAUUCUCUUAUUCAAGCAACGUAUGGAUGCAACAAAAGAAUGAAACUCAGAUCAGACCUUUAGAUCUUCUGGUGUGGAGUUAAUAAGAACAUUGACAGAUCACACAAACUGAGCCAGAAACUUUGCUUACACUGUGUGUAAUCCCGAACUAGAGUCAGAUUUAAAGGCACAACUUUCAGGGUGAGACACCUUUUAAUCAUCUUAAGUUGGAGGAGUUCAAGAAAAUCCUCUAAUUUCUUCCAAAUGCUCGAGUGAGACUCAUCAAACCUGGUCGGAGAAGAAACACAGAGACCCUCCUGAAUCAGAGGAAAAGCUGAUAACGAUCCGCAGCAGGAUGUUUGGAAACGAUCAUUUAAUUACCAAUCCUGAACGUGAUCGCCUCGCUCCGCCGCUCCCCUGGAGGACGGCUGCUUGUUUUGGCAGCGGCGACCCCCUCCCCCACGUGUGUAACUGAAUCUUUUAAUUGCUACCGGAGGAGCGGCGGGCUGGUUGCGAAUGGCUGGCGCACAACUGUGAGCUCAGCUAACUGCUUCAAGAUGUGGACGAAAGCUGACGGCCGAGCGUCAGCGAAAAAGAUCCUCCUGCUGCGGGGCGACCUCUGACCUCGAGCGGUGUCACGCUGUUCUCCAGUCGCUCGGUGUCCGGAGACAACAGAGCUUGCCUGGCUUUUUUGCUUUGUUAGCCGACCGUUUGCAUCAUGAGCGAAACAAAAAAUGUUUUAAAUGUUUUAUUUUCUUGCAUUUUUAGAUCAAAAUUUACAUUUGACUUGAGGAGAAUCUGACUUUAUUUUCACUCCAUGUUGGACAUAAAACCUGGUCCAGACUUCUUCUUUUUCUCUAAAUCAGAGACGUGCACGCUGCCAUCCUUCUGUAUGAAUACAUUUCUUUAAUAUCAGCUGUAGAAACGGCAUCGUCCCAUCAACGUGAUAAUCUGUCAG